AUGACGAAGCCCUCGAUUAACAGUAGUGAUCCCGAAGUGGGCCACCAUGAAGCUCUUGAAGCUAUCCGAUCAGCACCCAGUAUCUCCAUGAGCCCCGAGCUCUUUGAGAAGCUCUAUCUUACGCCCCCGAAUGCUGUCAAGGGAGAUCUGAGGAAAACGUUUGGUAACCCGACGCCGCUGUUAGUUGCAUUUUUCGAUGACUGCUCGACGAGCACAGCUGAUGAAGAUUAUAGAGCGCUCGCGGGAUUCUUGCUGGCUUUGAUGCCUCUGUCCUGUGACUUGAUGGGUUGGCGUGGUGCUAGCCACUUUGGCGCAGCUUCCAUCCCUGUCUACUUCUUUGAGGGCGGUGUCCUCAUGGUCAUCAGCGGGAUCAUGGAGUGGAUUCUUGGCAACAGCUUUCCUUCUUGUGUCUUUACAAGCUUUGGCUUUUUCUAUCUCUCAUUCGGUGGAAUCCUUCAUCCAUCCUUCGCUGCAUAUUCUUCAUAUGCACCUGCUGACGCAAAAUCACCUGAUGAGGGAAUGGCUACCAAGGGCUUUAAUGCCAGCUUAGGCACUGACACCAUUGUGGAAGGCUUCUUCCUACUGGCUAUGACAAUACUGUCGAUCGUAUAUCUCAUCUGCGCCUUGCGUACGAAUGUCGUCUUCGUUGUAAUCUUUGCUACUCUUGUGCCAGCUCUCCUGUGCCUCCUUGGAGCAUUCUGGGCUUGGGCGGAUGACUAUACUGGGAACACAUUGCUGGCUCAACGGCUAUGCGUGGGUGCCGGCGCACUACUCUUUGUGACAUCGUUUGCCGGAUGGUAUAUCCUGCUCGCUAUCUUACUUGCCAUUGUCGACUUCCCGAUUCAGAUUCCGGUCGGUGAUCUAUCUUCUGUCAUCAAAGGGAAGAGUGAGAGGGAAAUGCGUUUGGGAAAAUAA